AUUUAUUAGGUAAAGAAGAUAUAUAGUUCAUCGACAAGGACGUCUUACCAUAAGUGAUUAAACUGUGUUACCUGACUGCGAAUUAAUCAUAUCACGUUCAGAAAUGAAACAGAUACUUACAAAUUUCUUACAUAACUAAUGUUAUAGCUAAGAAGGUACUGCACAUUGCAUAAUUCAGCAUUAAUUAUCCAUACUGUCUAGAUUAUUUCAGUAACUUUAAAUUCGACCACUGAAUUCAUUACAAUAGGUCAGAACACAAACAGUAGGAUCACAGACUUAAUAAACUAAUACCUGUAAUCAAAUUGACGUAUAAUUUUUAAAGCAACACAAUAUGCGAUGAAUGACAAUCAACGAAAGACAUCCAUUUUCCUGGCUAUUCUUGGGUCAAUAUUAUUGAUAGUAUGUUCAGGAUUAUACUCGUUUACUAAAUGGCGAAAGUCGGAGCUUUCAAAUCAAGAUAUCAUAGCUACAAUUAGUAUAACAGCUAUUUCGAUAUUAGUCUUAGUUCUAUCAUUGGUAGCCUGCUGUAAGGGAUGGCAUAAGGUUCAUGCUCAAAAGAAAAUACAUCGAAAGACAUCAUACAUUCCUGUAACAAUACUUAUGGGGUCGAACUGUGGUAUUUGCAUUGAACAAAAGGAUUCAAACAGGGAAAAAGUAGUAAGGCUCACCUGUGAACACACAUUUCAUAAGAAUUGUGUCAAUAGAUCAUUAGACACACAAUUGAAAUGUCCCAUAUGUAGACAAACUCCUUCAAAUUUUUCCUCUGUAGAACGUGUUCUAUACAGGAUGUAUGGAACAGUCAGCAAGAAAAUCCAAUCCAUGAAAACAAGGGAGAUAAAUGAUUCAAUUAAAAAUGAAAGUACAUCAGUAUAAUUGCAGUAUGAAUCUAUUGCGAUAUCUACAAACAGCGAACUUCAUUACCUUCAACAUACGGAACACUAAGUUUAUUUAAUUCUGAUAUUAAUAUAUAUUUUUUGAUAGAUGAGACCGAGUUGGCUAGUUAGACGGAUUAGUCUCUUAAAGGUUUUGUGAUUUCAUAACGACAAAUGAGUGUCUUGGUGGAUGGAAGCGUUCAUAUUGAUGGAUGAUUGGACGCGCGAAUGUAGUGGGUGGAUGCGUUCAUUUUGAUGGAUGAUUAGACAAAUAAGUGAUAUUGGGGAUGGAUACGUUAAUAUUGAUGGAUGAUUGGACGAGAGAUGUUCUUGGUGGAUAGUCGAUUCAUAUGGAUGAAUGAUUGAACGAAUAAGUGAUCUUGACGGAUGGUAGCGUUCAUAUGGAUUGAUGAUUGCAAUUUUAUAAAAUGUUGAUACAUUUAUAUGGAUUUUUUUAUUAUGAAACAGUGUAACUUUACAUACAUUGUAUCUACGAAGACUAUAUUAGAAACUUUCAUAUACAUUGAUAAGUUAUAACUAAUGCUACAGUCUUUCAAAACAUGUUGAAAAUCAAGCAUUAUACAAAUCUAUUUUUUCAAAGAUUGAUUAUUAAAUUAGUUUCUCCUGUCAAAGAAAUGUGACACAAUAAUGUACAAUAACUCAGGAUAAUUUUAAAUGCUUAUUUCAUAUAUAUAUUUUUUUGGUUACAAGAAAUUAUUUCUCUUUCGAAUACCUCGCAUUAAUUUUAUAUGUUAUAUAUAAUGCAUAUUUUAAAGUUUUUCUUGAAGUUUAACACACCGAGGGGUGUCAGGAUUGGUCAAAUGAAAGACCGACCGUAGGGAGAUCUUUCUUUGGGCAAUCCUGACACCCCGUGGUGUGUUAUACGACAAGAAAAAUCUUAAAAUAUGCAUUAUCUGACUUAUUAUAUAUCGUCAACAAAUAUUAUUUUCUGCAAAAAUUUACAGUAUUUCCAUCCUAUUUUACCGACCACACUAAAUUAAGAUAUUCUUUUCUGAUGUGUUCAUUUGUAAUGUGUAAUAAAACUCACUAAUUUAUCUAGAUAUAUAAACUUUAGAAAUCAUUGUCCAGUUUUAAUAGGAAUAUUACUGUAACUGCAUGAAGCAAGACACAAAUGAAAUGUUACGGUAUAUGAAAAUUUCAAGUCACUUUGUAAGUAAUUUAUUGUAUCAACUUUGUUUAUGAAAGAGGAACGCUAUGUUUUUUUUGUUGUUGUUUAUUUUCAUUCCGUUUUUAUCGCGGAAAAGCAUCUUAUUUUUUCAGCAAUUUUUGAAACGAAUAAUUCAGAAUAACUGUUUUCUCUCUUUUGUCUGGUAAUACCACUUUUUUUAUUUAUAAAACUCAAGAAUCAGGAUUUAAUAUUAUACCCCCUCCCCAUUUUAAAGUACGUGGGUGUGAUUCUAUAGAAAAAAAUAUUUGUCCAUUUGAUCAUUAGAUAAAGUAAAAGGUAUAUUAAUAUGUAAAAAAAAAACUGGCAUGAAGAGCACGAAUUCAUGAUGCAUGUACAUGUAACACGAAAAACGAAUAUCCAUAGGUCAAAGUAUAUUUUCCAAUAUAAUAUGAAUAAAUAAGAUUUUCACAAUUCUACACACGAAUGUGUUAAAUCUGGCUUUUUUAUGAAAAGUUUUGCAUUAUUAAAUUAAUCUCACAUAGUAUCCCUUUAUUGUAGCGAUAAAUUAACUAAACUUCACAUUAUUUAUUUUGAAAGUUGAAAUGUGUGUCAACGGCAAUUUUUGGUAUGUCAGUCCAUUAAACGGAGGAAAGGAUUGUUUUCUGCAUUAAACCUGCGAAUAUGGAAAAUAAAAAAGUGAACCCUCAAUUGGCAACAACACACGAUAGAUAUCAAAAGAAUUAAAUGUUUAAGUAAAUUAAAGUUUGCGUUCUAAUCAAGAAAAUAAUGACCUUAUACAGGUCAUUAUUUUAUGCCUUGAAGUACAUUUCAUUGAAACUUGGUAUCGUCCGGGUUGAUUCUUCGAAAGAAUGACCUGUCGUUCUGAAAGAAAAUAACUCCAUGUAGGUAUAUAAGUAAUGUAAUAAUAUUUCGACAUUGAAAAUUAUUUUAAUAGACUAAUGUUUGAUGACUAUCUUAAAAAUAACAAUUAGUGAACUAGAAUCCUAGGAGACUACUAUAUAUGCAUGUAUUCCAAUAUUGAAUAUCAGUAAUGUACAAGUAUAUUUAUGGGUAAUUGUCUUAUAUACAAACGUUUAACUUAAAUGAUUUACAAUA